GUUUACCUGACGCCAUCGAGCGAUGUCGCGAGCAAGCUUGUUUCGAGUGUGUACGCGUCUUAUCGCUCCAUUGAUUAGUUACAGUAUUAUUGCCGGAAAUCAACAAAGAAGUCAAGUAUUUUAAAUGCCAUAUUUAGAGCAUUAAUCACUAUGAUAAGCGGAUGUAGACAACAUGUACAUUUUCUAGAUAAUGCGUAAUUGCUCUUUGUUUCCGACGCACGCACGCCCAGAUAUGCAGUUAUUUCUGUACAGCUUUCUGGAACGGUUGACACUCGCGUGACACGAUUGACGUAUUAAAUUGACAAAAUGCUUCUGCGUAUUACGUUUAUAAUUUUAUCCUUCCUUUCUACUGCGUUUGGUGUGCUAUAUUAUCAGCCAGAAGCUGUACAUCUUUCAUACGGAGAUAACAUUCAUGAUGUUGUUGUAACAUGGAGCACAAGAAAUGACACUAAAGAAUCAAUAGUAGAAUAUGGCAUAGGUGGGCUUGUUCUCCGAGCUAAAGGAAAUUCUACUCUUUUCAUCGAUGGUGGAGCUAAAAAGCAAAAACAAUAUAUUCAUAGAGUAUGGCUAAAAAAUUUAAAUCCUAACAGCAAAUACAUAUAUCAUUGCGGUAGUCGCUAUGGAUGGUCAAGUAUAUUUUACAUAAGGACUGCACCUAAAGAAUCUAUAGAUUGGUCACCACAGAUAGUUAUCUUUGGUGACAUGGGUAAUGAGAACGCACAGAGUUUGCCACGGUUGCAAGAAGAGACAGAACUUGGCUUAUACGAUGCUGCUAUUCACGUUGGUGAUUUUGCUUAUGAUAUGCACACUGAUGACGCACGUGUAGGUGAUGAAUUCAUGCGACAAAUUGAAUCUAUCGCCGCUUAUGUACCAUACAUGACUGUACCUGGUAAUCACGAAGAAAAAUACAAUUUUAGCAAUUACAGAGCACGAUUCACGAUGCCUGGUGACUCAGAAGGCUUGUGGUACAGUUUCAAUAUAGGUCCUGUACAUUUCGUAGCUAUAGAAACUGAAGCUUAUUAUUUUAUGAAUUAUGGUAUAAAACAAUUGAUCAAACAGUAUGAAUGGUUGGACAAGGAUCUACGGGAAGCAAAUAAACCCGAAGCAAGAUUUCAGCGGCCGUGGAUAGUAACAUUUGGGCACAGGCCAAUGUAUUGCAGCAAUGCAAAUGCAGACGACUGCACCAAUCACCAAAGUUUAGUUAGAGUUGGGUUGCCAUUUCUAAAUUGGUUUGGGCUGGAAGAUUUGUUCUUCAAGCACAAAGUAGAUUUGGAGAUAUGGGCGCAUGAACAUAGUUAUGAAAGAAUGUGGCCCAUGUAUAACUUCCAAGUGUACAAUGGUAGUUAUGAGGAGCCAUAUAAAAAUUACAAAGCUCCUGUACAUAUAAUUACAGGAUCAGCUGGCUGCAAAGAAGGUCGAGAGAAAUUUGUCCCAAAACGACCAGAAUGGUCCGCAUAUCGUAGCUCAGACUAUGGAUACACAAGGAUGAAAAUAUUCAAUAAAACUCAUCUGUACCUGGAACAGGUGUCCGAUGAUAAAGAAGGUGCUGCCUUGGACAGAAUUUGGCUGGUGAAAGAGAAGUCUUGGCCACGUUAUGUAGAAGUUUCUACGGAAUAACGUGAUACAAAUUUAGUUUAAUUUGAUAAAUGUGUAAUAUCAUGCAAUAAAAAAUAGAAUGUAUAAUAUAAACACAUGGAGAAAACACUA